UUGUCGGAUCGUGCACUCGUUGGCGUCCUCGCGCACGUGCGCGAACUACUAGGCCAUUGUUCCAGCUCCGCCCGGCCCACCCGACCCGGUGCCAUCGGCCAUCCUAGUCCGUCCCAUCUCCGCCCCGCCGUGCGCCGCACCGCCGCCGGAAUCCUCUCCUCCGCACACCAACGGCGCCGCCUUUCUGUCCUCUGCAUCUCGGCCUCGUCACAUGGCCGAGCCCGCCGGCCGAAGGAUGGAGGCCGUCCGCCGCCACCUCCUCCCGCCCUCGGCCCCCCCGCCGCCGGUCCUUAGCCCGAAUCCAUUAAGCAGCCUCGCGGUGACGGUGGUGGAGCCGAGCCCGGUGAUCAUCGGCGGGAUGGUGCUGGAUAUCCAUGCCAAGCCCUCCGUGCCGCCCCAUCCCGGCACGACUGUCCCUGGAAUGGUUAAGUACAUCAGUGGGGGAGUAGCAAGAAAUAUUGCUGAGUGCAUGUCAAAGCUUGGGACACGACCCUUCAUGAUAAGCGUUGUUGGAAAUGAUAUGGCAGGGGACUUCCUAUUAAAAUACUGGAGGUCAGCUGGAUUAUGUACAGAAGGAAUACUACAGGUUCAUGAUGUUACAACCCCAGUAGUAUCAAAUGUAUUUGAUAGUAGUGGAGAAUUAAUCGCUGGAGUUGCAAGUGUUGGGGCAGUUGAAAAUUUUCUUAUUCCUAGCUGGAUAUAUCGCUUCCGUCUUCAAAUCACCAAUGCACCUCUUCUAAUGCUUGAUGCAAAUUUACCUCCUGAGUCACUUAAAGCAGCUUGCAUAAUGGCAUAUGAAUCAGGGGUGCCUGUGUUAUUUGAGCCUGUCUCAGUGGUGAAGAGUCGAAGAAUUGAGCCAAUUGCAGAAUAUAUAACUUGCACUUCCCCAAAUGAGAUUGAGCUUGUUGCCAUGGCAAAUGCAUUAUCCCCAUCGGUGAAAUAUAAUUUUCACAAAAUGGAGCAGUGCAAGGACAAAGCAGAGGCUGUAGAAUAUUUGUUUGAAAUGCUUAGCCCGGCAAUGUUUUUUCUUCUUGAAAAUGGCAUCAAGUUGCUUAUCGUGACACUCGGCUCGAACGGUGUUUUUAUUUGUUGCAAAGAGCACACUAACUUCAUGAAAGAUCAGCGCAAGUGCAAACAGACACCUUUCUCCACACAGCUACUUGAAAAAUUGGAAGGGAGUUUUCUAUCCAACACUCCUGUUAAUUUGUGUGGAGAAAGAUCUUCAAGAACAUGUGUUUUUCAUUUACCUGCAAUAUCCGCCUCAGUGAUCAGCCUCACAGGUGCUGGUGAUUGCCUUGUUGGUGGUGUCCUUUCAGGUCUAUGUGGAGGCUUGGAUAUUAUCCGAAGUGUUGCAGUUGGGGUUGCUAUAGCAAAGGCAUCUGUGGAAUCCGAAGCCAACAUACCUGAUAAUAUUUGUGCUGCAAGUGUUGCAGAUGAUGCAAAAAGAAUUUUGCUAUCUGCAAAGAAGCUUUGGUGCAGAUGAAAAAUCAAAGACCACCGUAAGCAAUUUGUUGCUAAUGAAAGACAUUUCACCCUUAGUGUUGGAGCUGUUGAUGAACUCUGAUACUGCUCUAUACAACAGACGAUGGAUCAGGAUCAAGUUGAAGUAAUGUGGACACUACUUUCCGUCAGUGCAGGCCAACGUUAUCUUGUGUAAAGAGAGACAUUUACUGUACAUUGUCUCUCUAAGUUUUCUUAAAUAUGCAUAAUCAGCCGCAUUAUUUUUUGACGACGUACAUAUUGCCCUUUUAUUCGCCGCCUUGGAGUUACAA